AUGAUAGGGACGGUCUUGGACACAGUCCUAGGCAACCCUCAGGGGGCCGUCGGUGGUCUCUUCGUUGGAUCUUUCGUUAUAUUCUGGGUUGUACCAUUUCUAUACAACCUUUUCUUCUCUCCCUUGAGAAACGUACCAGGACCAUUCUGGGCUCGUUUCACCAUCCUCUGGGAAUUUAGUCAGUUGAUGAAAGGCCGCUCGCAUGAGGAGUAUAUCAAACUGCACAAGAAAUACGGCCCGGUAGUCCGCGUCAGCCCCAAGAGAUACAGUGUCAUCGACCCACAGGACGUGAAGAAGAUAUACGGCUUUGGGGCAGAUUUCCCGAAGUCCGAGUUUUAUGACUCGUUGGGCGACCCAAAGAACAUCUUCACAGUGCGGGACAAUGAGGACCAUAAAGACCGACGCAGGAAAGUUGCAUCCCUGUAUACCAUGUCGUCCAUGGUAGCCUACGAAGAUGCAGUUGAUCGGAUGACAACUCUCUGUAUUAAAAAGAUGACUGACCUUGCCGCUAGUCGAAAGCUGAUCUCCAUACCCAAGUUCAUGCAGUUUUAUGCGUUUGACGUGAUUGGGGAGAUUACGUUUGACCAGAACUUUGGAAUGAUGGAAAACAUGGGCGACACUCAAGGCAUUAUCAAAGAGAUCCAUGCGAUGAAUAACACCAUUGGUAUCAUGGGGCUAUUGCCAGAGUUACAGAGCACCUGGCGAGCAGCACAGAAAGUUCUUUUUAGUGGAACAGCUAUGGGUAAACUGACCGAAUACAUCUGGAGUCAGUACUGGAAGCAUCGCAACACGAACAGCGGCGCCAAGCAAAAGUCCCAAUAUGACACCUUCCUGCGAAAGGUACUUGAGUUGGAGGCUGCCCACAAAGUUGGACGCAUGAAUGUCUUGGACUCCUGCGGAUCCAAUAUUGGUGCUGGUUCUGACACUACCGGUAUUACUUUGAGUGCCGCGUUGUGGUAUAUUUACCGUAACCCCGACAAGCUGGCCAAGCUGCGUCAUGAGAUUGACACCAUGACUGCUGAAGGCCGCAUUUCGGAUCCAGUGACAUAUAAGCAAGCCCAAGAGAUGCCGUACCUCAAUGCUGUCAUCAAGGAGACGCUUAGGGUGCAUCCUGGUGUUGGGACGAUUUUGGCUAGAGUUGUACCAAAAGGAGGCAUCACCCUGACCGGGGGAUAUUAUGUACCCGAAGGGACACAUAUCGGCACGAAUGCAUGGCCGCUACACUACAGCGAAACAGUCUACGGUCCUGAUGCCGAUCAAUACCGACCCGAACGCUGGUUGGAAGACAAGCCGCAGCCCGAUUACCGAGAUUCGAUGAUGUUUGCGUUCGGUAGCGGCUCUCGAACCUGCAUUGGCCGCAAUAUUAGUCUUCUGGAGAUCACUAAGGUCUUGCCCCAGAUCGUCCGCAAAUUUGACUUGAAGUUCGAGGAGAAGAAGGAUCCAUGGGAUGCGUGGUGUGCGUGGUUCGUUUACCCGAAGUACAAAUGUUGGAUUGAACCACGGAAGCCGGUCGAAAAUGUGGCUUAG